AUGCCGCCGUGGACCUCUGCGAAUGAUCUCCGGCCCAGACGUUCAGUCUUGCCCGAUGCUGCUCCCACAGCUACAACGAUCGCCCCCCAACCAGCUGAGGCUCCGCCUCCAACGAGCGAGGUCCCCGAGGCGGCGCCGCGGUGGGCAGCAUCCCACCUCGAUUCUUCCACAACUAUCGCUGAACAGCCCAGAUCUGCCGCGGUGUCUCUCGAUGCGACGGAAAAGGAGAACCCCCACAUUGUCGGACCUGCCACGGCCGGGGACAGCCACUUUCUCGAGGACUACCUGUCGAGCAUCCAGGAGGGCGGCCACGGCAGGGCCAUCCGGCCGAUCCUACCCGGUGUCACAUCCACGCCGGUCAUGUUCAUGAGGGUCAGGAAAAGGCCUGUUGGUCUGGCGGUGGACCUGAACCCGUCGUCGGCCGAGCUGCAGACGAUAGUGAAGCUUCUGGAACCGUGGCAAGAUGCGGUGCUUAACCUGUACUUCUCCAGGGGCAACGGCUGCUUUCCUGUCCUCGACGAGGGGUACUUCCGCGAGUAUGUUUCGCGAUCCCGGGUGUCGCCCGCCGUGGUGGCGUGCCUAUAUGCGCAUGCCAUGUGCUAUUGGAGCUCUGAUCCCAAUUUGAGCCGGCACCAUCGCCCUGACGCACGGUUCAUCUGGAACCUGGCGUUGGAGGCGCUGUAUUCGGAGCUGCACAUCUCGCCAGGGAUGCCAUCUAUCAUUGCCAUCCUGCUCAAUAUUGGAGGACGCCCAACAACGACCAUGGUGGGCAACGGCAUGCUGCUGGGCUGUGCCAUCUCCUUGGCCCACAGCCUUGGUCUCAACCGGAACCCCAUCGCCUGGAACAUCACGGAAGGGGAGAAGACGUUCCGUAUGCAGAUCUGGUGGUGCUUGGUGAUCCACGAUCGGUGGACAAGCCUGACGUACGGCACGCCGCCUCAUAUCCGCCAGUCACAUCACGACGUGCCCAUACCCAAAGCUAACCAGCACGACGAGCGUGCUCAGGUGUUCGAGGCGCUCGCCAGCCUUACUAUUGUCCUGGGGGCCUACAUCGAGCAGCUUUACGCAGCUGGCGACGUGACCGACAGAGAUCCCGCUUUGGCCUUCAGUCUCGAUAUCUGGACCGACACACUAUUCGGCGAACUCCGGAGGAUCAUUGUCCGUGGCAUGAAUCUUGACACACCUGGAGCGGCAAACCUCCGGUUAUGCUAUCUGGCCGCCAGAUUCUUCAUGUGUCGAGUCGAGCUGAGCACUGAAGUGGACGACUACAUACCUGGUCAAUCACCCAACGAUCGCUUGCUCAAGACACGCAGAAUGGCGGAGGACAUUGUUCACUUUGUGCGCGAGUUGACGGCGAAGCAGCUGGGCGACUUCUGGCUCCCCACCGCGGCCUUUGUCUUCUCGUCCACGACCACCUUCCUGGUCCGGCUCGCCGUGCAGGCAGAGCUGCCUACUUGCGAGACGUCGAUGCAAAGUCUGUCACUGUCGCUUGCGCAUGACUUGGUGACAUCGUUGCGCUCUCACAAGGAUUUGUACGGAUGGGAGCUGGGUGACAUCUGCAUCGCCCAGUACGGCGACGUUGUCGACAAGCUGUGGUCGCAGAACCCGGCCAGCCAUCUAGACCCUGCGUGGCUUGACUCGGCGCCCUUCAUACCCGACCCGGGCUUCUUUGAGUCGGUGAUUGUGGACCAAUGGGAUCCACUUGCCUGGUGUCAGGCUCCCUGA